CUUCAUGUCAUCAUAACAUUGAAUUAUUUGACAGUUUUCCUCACUUCCGACAAUUCAGCUGUCAAAUUCCUUCUUUUUGUUGUUUUUACGCGACAAGUUUGGUAGUAGACCGCAGCGUAUACAACCAUGAAACAAAACAAAUUCGUCUCAUCUUCGCGCAGGAAGAACCGCAAGCGCCAUUUCCAGGCUCCCUCACAUAUUCGUCGUCGCCUAAUGUCGGCGCCAUUGUCGAAGGAGUUACGCCAAAAGUACAAUGUCCAUUCAAUGCCUAUUCGCAAAGAUGAUGAGGUGCAAGUCGUGCGUGGUCACUUCAGUGGCAAUCAGGUGGGCAAAGUUGUGCAGUCAUAUCGCAAGAAGUUCGUUGUGUACAUUGAAAAAAUCCAACGUGAAAACGCAAACGGCACCAAUGUGUACGUUGGCAUUCACCCAUCGAACUGUUUAAUUGUCAAAUUGAAAUUAGACAAAGAUCGGAAAGCAAUUUUGGAUCGCCGCGGCAAGGGACGCAUGGCUGCAUUGGGCAAGGAUAAGGGCAAAUACACCGAGGAAACCGCCGCACAGCCAAUGGAAACUGCUUAAGGAUUUGGAUCCAAUUACGUGAGGUGUAACCUGCUUUUAUAUUAACAACAAACUUUAGAAUAAAUGUUUCCCUUAUAAAAUUUAAA